AUGGUCAGCACUUCGCGUCGCGUCAACCGCAAGGCCCACUUUGAUGCCCCCGGUCACAUCCGCCGCAAGAUCAUGUCUGCUCCCUUGAGCAAGGACCUGCGCUCUGAGCACGGCAUUCGCGCUGUUCCCAUCCGCAAGGACGAUGAGGUUCGCGUUGUGCGUGGCUCGUCGAAGGGCUCGGAGGGCCGCAUUGUCCAGGUUUACCGUUCGAAGUGGGUUGUGCACCUUGAGCGACUCCAAAAGGAGAAGGCGAACGGUGCCACUGUUCAGAUUCCUGUUCAUCCCUCGAACGUUGUGAUUACCAAGAUCAAGAUGGACAAGGACCGUAAGGUUAUGAUUGCGCGCAAGUCGGGCAAGAGCGUCGAGGAGGUCCAGGCCUAA